AUGAACACGUUACACUAUGCAUAUUCUUAUCCUGCAGCUACCAGCGGGAACAGAGGGCUGCUCUUGUUACUGCUGUUCUGCACAAUUCAAGCCAAGCCCUGCCCUCCCUGUUCGUGUGAGCCACUGCAAGGAAAACUGGGUUGGCGGAUAGACUGCUCUUCUCUGGGGCUGAAGGAGUUGCCUCUCCUGUCAAUCGACAUCCUAAUACUUGAGCUGCAAAACAACAGUUUGACCACAGUCCGUCCUGGCACACUGGACAUCUUGAGAAAAGUGGAGAGAGUGGAUUUUUCCAACAAUCCUUGGCACUGCGACUGCUCCAUUUUAUAUUUCAAGAUGUGGCUGGAAGACUUCGGUGGAGCUUCUCUUGCCAACAUUACAUGCGCAGGUCCUGCUUCUGUAAAGAUGAAAGCCUUGAGCCAACUGAGUGGGAAUGACUUGGAAGGAUGCCGGAAGCCUCCCCCAAUCAACUGCCUUGAUUUCCUCUGGAGGGAUGUUCCACUCAUUGCUAUUGCAGCUUUGGUCUUAAUUUUAGCAUGCUGCGUUCUGCAUUGCUCCAGAAAAUUAGCCCGCCAAGCUACUGAACAGCAGCAUUCUUUUGAAGUCCCGCUGCUGCAGAUUCAUGACAUGGAAGAUCAGAAGUCAAAAUAA